ACCAUUCAGUCAUCUAUUUCAACACCCAGACAUGACAUAAAAGCCAGCGCUGAGCCAUGUUCACCACACAGACACACACCUCUUCCUUUGACCGCUUGCUAGGUGAGGCGCUCCAUUGACUAACCAGCUCCACUCAUGAACCAGCACUACCCACAGAAAUACUUUCUGGAAAUAGACAAGAAGAACUGCUGUGUGUUCCGAGACGACUUCAUUGCCAAAGUGUUGCCGCCGGUGUUAGGGUUGGAGUUUGUGUUCGGGCUUCUGGGCAAUGGCCUUGCCCUGUGGAUUUUCUGUUUCCAUCUCAAGUCCUGGAAAUCCAGCCGGAUUUUCCUGUUCAACCUGGCCGUGGCUGACUUUCUCCUGAUCAUUUGCCUGCCAUUCCUGACGGACAACUAUGUGAGGAAGUGGGACUGGAAGUUUGGGGACAUCCCUUGCCGGCUGAUGCUCUUCAUGUUGGCUAUGAACCGCCAGGGCAGCAUCAUCUUCCUCACAGUAGUGGCCGUGGAUAGGUAUUUCCGGGUGGUCCAUCCCCACCAUGCCCUGAACAAGAUCUCCAACCGGACAGCAGCCAUCAUCUCUUGCCUCCUGUGGGGCAUCACCAUUGGCCUGACAGUUCACCUCCUGCGCAAAAAGAUGCUGAUCCAGAAUGGCUCUGCCAAUCUCUGCAGCAGCUUCAGCAUCUGCUAUACCUUCAGGUGGCACGAUGCCAUGUUCCUCUUGGAGUUCUUCCUGCCCCUGGCCAUCAUCCUGUACUGCUCAGCCAGAAUCAUCUGGAGCCUGCGGCAGAGGCAAAUGGACAGGCAUGCCAAGAUAAAGAGAGCCAUCAACUUCAUCGUGGUGGUGGCCAUUGUCUUCAUCAUCUGCUUCCUUCCCAGUGUGGCUGUGCGAAUGCGCAUUUUCUGGCUCCUAUACACUUCAGGGACGCAGAAUUGUGAACUGUAUCGUUCAGUGGACCUGGCGUUUUUCAUCACCCUCAGCUUCACCUACAUGAAUAGUAUGCUGGACCCCUUGGUGUACUAUUUCUCUAGCCCAUCUUUUCCCAACUUCUUCUCCACUUUGAUUAACCGCUGCCUCCGAAAGAAGCCAUCAGGUGAGCCAGACAGUAACCGGAGCACCAGUGUUGAGCUCACGGGUGACCUGACCACUACGAGAAACAUCCCAGAUACAUUAAUGGGCAACCCCCAGUGAGCCAUAGAGCCCCUCUUAUUUGGGCCCAAUCUCUUAUAAAACAACCAUACCAAGAAAAGGGAUUGUCACCAAGAACCAAGAUCUCUGGAGAAACCUCUGGGCUACUGCACAGAGUAAAAUCAUCAGACUAGACCUAAGGUUUCCUGGAACUUCCAGAUUCAGAGAAUCAGAUUUAGAGAAACUGUGUGGUAGAGUGGGUGACUGGUUCUAAGGUGUGACCACAGAAAUCUUGGGGGAACAGAGAGUAAACCUUCCAGGCAUCUGAAACUUUGCUUGAUUUUCUGACUCUCGAGACUGAAGAUGGGCAAAUUGUCAACCCUUCUGCUGAGCAGAGUUGGCACUUCAGAGCCGCCCAUCAGAACUUGUGACUUGCUGGACUGCUUUCUUCACCUGAGAUUUGGAUGGCUCUCCGCUCAUGGGGGGAUGUCUAGCUAGUUGUGGGCCCCAGCAGGAAUAAGGAGAGCUAGAGAUUGGAGAGGAGUGAGGUUGCUCCUGGAGGGAGCCCAGACAUCGUUAAACAAGUAUAUGAGUUCCGUGGACCAAUUCAUCAUUCAGCCAAGCUUUAGCAGAAAUGGAUUCAGCAAAGAGAUUCUAAGGAUUGGUUAAUACCUGAGUUUCCAGUUGUGGUAAAUUAGCUCUGGGAGGGACUGAGCUAAACAGUGUUAUUAGGGGAAAGAAAAUGGCAUUGGUGCUACUACCAGCAAUUAAUCCAUUUCUCUCUUGUUUACACUAAUUUUAAGGUUGAGCAGUUAAACAGGCUUUGGGGAAGAAAGCUGCUUCCCACCUCUGUUUGCUUUUGUCAUUAAAAGGGACAGGCCCUGCUGCCCAAUGGUUAAAGGGGGAAGAUUCCUCCUGGUUCAUUUGCUUGUGUUUCUGUCCUUAAUAAUAAAGCUACUAUUUCAAUAAAUUUUGAA